AUUUCGGCCGUAACAAGCACCAACUCCGUCUAGCUGGGACAGCAUUGUAUUGUCUAGAUAACAGUGCUGUCGCUGUCUAGUGCAGGCUCUAAGCAGAUAGCGCCUCACUCGCUUGGCGUUCGCCGUCCACGAAGCUGCUUCCACUGUCGACACAUCGCCUCAGCAUGAUGUCGCGGGCGCGCCUGCCCCGGCUGUGGCUGUGGCUGCCCCUGGCGCUGGCGCCCCUCCUGAGCGGCCCGGCCGUGCAGGUGUCCGGCGCGCGCAUCCUGGCGGCGGUGCCCAUGCGCUCCGCCAGCCACUUCCGCGUGCUGCAGCCGCUGCUGCGCGCGCUCGCCCACCGCGGCCACCACCUCACCGUCAUAUCGCACUUCCCCCAGCAGCCGCCGCCGCCCAACUACACCGACAUCAGCCUCAACAGCGCCGCCACGCACGGCCGCGCCCCCUCGCCUUACCUGCCGAUGAGGGAAGGCAGCUUGCCGCGAGCGAUGUGGCGCUGGUCGCAGUUGUGCGACAAGACGGCCGCAUUCUGCCGGGAAGCGUACGCGGCGCCCGCGGUGCGCCGUUUGCUGGCCUCUGACGCGCGCUUCGACCUCGUGCUGGCCGAGGCGUUCGCCGGCGACUGCAUGGCCGGCCUCGCGCACCGCUUCCGCGCCCCGCUGGUCGGCGUCGUCUCCAGCGUCGCCCUGCCCUGGGUCCACGACAGGAUGGGGAACCCCGACCACCCGGCCUACAUGGAGAACUUCUUCCUGUCGAUGGUGGCGCCGCUGGGUUUCUGGGAGCGGACGGCCAACAGUGCAUUCUACCUGCUGAUGAGACUGGCCAACUGGUGGUUGUCGGAGCGAGUGAUCGACGAGGUGGAGCGAGCCGCGCUGGGCAGCGCCCUGCCACCCACCAGCCGUCUGGUCUACAACACCAGCCUCAUGCUCCUCAACAGCCACUUCAGCCUCAACCAGCCCAUACCACUCGUGCCUGCUAUGAUCGAGGUUGGGGGCCUCCACAUAGAACAGCCCAAGCCUCUGCCAAAGGAGCUGCAGGAGUUCUUCGACUCGAGCGAGCAUGGCGUGGUGUACUUCAGCAUGGGCACGAUGCUACGCGUCGACGCCCUGCCCCAGGAGCAGCUGCGCGGAAUACUGCGGGCGUUCGCGUCGCUGCCGCAGAAGGUGCUCUGGAAGGCGGACCACACGCUGCUGCCGCCGCUGCCGCCCAACGUCCACACUUCCGAGUGGCUGCCGCAAAACGACAUCCUCAACCACCCCAAGACCGUGGCGUUCGUCACACACGGCGGGAUGCUGGGCCUGCAGGAGGCGGUUGCGGCAGGGGUGCCCAUGCUGGUGGUGCCGGUCCUAGGCGACCAGCCGCACAACGCCGCAUCCCUGAGCAGCCGCGGCGUCGCCCUGACUUUGACCGUGAAUCAGCUGACUGAGCACAAUGUGCGCCACGCCCUGGACAGCCUCGUCAACGACACCAGCUACAGGAAGCGCAUGAAGCAGCUGUCUGCACUGUUCCGGGACCGGCCCCGGCCGCCGCUGGAGGAGGCGGUGUACUGGGUGGAGUACGUCAUCAGGCACCGGGGGGCGCCGCACCUGCGGUCCGCCGCGCUGGACCUGGCCUGGUACCAGUACCUGCUGCUGGACGUCGCCGCUCUCGUUCUGGCCACAGUGCUGCUCGCGCUGGCGUCCGUCUACGCCGGUCUGCGCUGGAUACUCGGACCUCUCUUAGUCGGCAAUCGAGCGCAGCGGAAGAAAAUCAAGAGUAACUGAGCAACAGUCAGCAGUGCUAGUGCACUGCCCGAGGAAAGCCGCGAUUAAAAUAACGUGAGGAAUGUCAGGUGAAGCCGUGGAGUGGAGUGUUACUCGCUGCUUAUACGUGUUGCCGUACAGUGCUGAAAUUACUCAUUUUUUGCGUUGUUAAUAUGAGGGUUGGCCAUAAAGCAAUGCACCGCAUUUUUUUCUUCAACAAUUCUUUAUUAAACAUACAGAGAAAUACACACAUGAAGGGCCGGCCGGAGUGGCCGAGCGGUUCUAGGCGCUACAGUCUGGGACCGCGCCACCGCUACGGUCGCAGGUUCGAAUCCUGCCUCGGGCAUGGACGUGUGUGAUGUCCUUAGUUACGUUUUAGUAGUUCUAAGUUCUAGGGGACCGAUGACCUCAGCUGUUGAGUCCCAUAGAGCUCAGAGCCAACCAACACACGUGAAGGAAUGGUGUUUUUUUUUUUCUACACACCCUGUUUUCCACGUAAUCUCCAUUCCAGUCUAUGGCCUUCCUCCAGCUCGAGACAAGGGCGUGUGUGCCCUGUCGGUACCAAUCAUUGACCUGGUGGUGGAGCCAGUGCUUCACUGUGUGAAUCAUCUACUCAUGUCUUCCACGAAUGACAUCAUUCAAUAGCCUAAACAAGUGAAAGUCCGAGGGGGCUAUGUCAGGUGUGUCAGGUUUGACAGCCGUGGAUGGUCUCCACGAGCGCUACAAAUCGUGGAGGUCCGCCCAACCAUCUUCUGAUGAACUCAUCCGCCAUGCCCAGCGGCUGACUGUACUUCUGUCGACAGCAGAUGCUCCAUAGACAUUGCACAAGCGUUUAUGAAUAUUCCUCGCAGUUUCUUUCACUGCAGCAGUAAGAAAUUCAAUGCUACGCUAUCUGUCCGAAGUGACAGAAACUUGACGCGCCGCUCACUCAGAGGUCUUCAGAUAAUGCACACGUAACGAUUCGCAGCCGUAACACUGUUUUCUGAGCAGACAAAAAAAUUGUGGUGCAUUAUUUUUUGGGCAACCCUCGGAUAGGAGGCAACAGCAAGCCUGAAGAAAAUUUACGCUUUCGGCUGGCUACCUUGGGUGGGUAAGAACAUGUAAUACCGACAAAUUUCACGGCGGUUGAACGAAACUGGGUAGUCCAGAUCGUCAGAUACGAGUAUAUUAGGUAAAUGUUUCCUUGCACCGUCGUUCUUCACACGUUUCCCUGCCUUACCUCGCUCCCCCACCCCCCUCGCCGCUCUAGCACAAUCCUUAUCAGACCAAAGAAAAAUAAUUUUUUUUAGGAUUCCUAACCUCAUAGAGCGUGAGCUGUGUGUUCGUGUGCGUAUGUUGUGCAACUAUCAAAUGUGGGUGUAAGGAAGGAAAUGUAGUCUUCCGAUUUUGACAAGAAUUGGUUUGACUUGAGUUUUCUGUGGAUUUCACGAAAAUAAAUUUUUCCUGCAUAGAAUGCGCAACGUCUCGCAGUCAGAAAAGUCGCAUAUUAAAAUGACCACAGCGAAGCCUGAAAUGUCUUUGUUGGUAACAAAUGAUACUAAUAAAAAUUUGGAGUGUUUUAAAGUGUU